GUAGAAGGUUGUCAAUGUGAUCAUGGCUUCGUGCGUAGUGGUCAACAGUGCGUUCCAGAGGAGCAGUGUGGCUGCACCGAUGAUGAAGGACGCUACUAUGUGCUCGGAGAACGCUUCGAAAAAGACGGCCAUCUGUGUAUCUGUGAAACGGGGAAUGACAUCAUUUGUCAAGAGUGCGACGAAGGCUACAGGCCGGCGCUGAGGGAUGGUGUGUGGGGAUGCCACCGUGUCGAUUAUCCCGCGGUGCCGUGCCCUGAAGGCUACGGGGACAAGUAUGGGUUUGGAAAGUGUCUGUACGUCCACAAACGUCCUCUCAUCUAUUCCGAGGCUGAAGCGUAUUGCCAAGGCAUGGAUGGGAAAAUCUUUCAAUUUGACAAUGAAGACGACGUGAACAGGAUCAAGACUAUCUUGCCAUCCGCCGGGUUCGGGAUCUGGGUCGGGCUGACUGAUGAAGACACGGAAGGGACCUUCGUUUGGGCAGACGGCCCCCCAUUGGUCAGUGGAGAUUUCUCGGACUGGGCGCCUCAGCCGUAUGUCCGUAACAGCGCCCAGUCGGACUGUGUGGUGAUGAAACGGAGGUUUAACUGGCAAUGGGUGGUACGUAGUUGCAGUAAGGCCAACUACUUUGCCUGCGAGUCAAACUAACAUAAAUGCUGACCCUUGAGUUAUCUUGGUGUCUUUCUCUUUGGCGGCUGGACAUUUCAUAAUAGUUAACCUUUAUAUACGGGGUAACCUAUAUCUGUUGUAUGUGGAUAAAGGUAAACUACCGUUUUCUCUCUUUCAAUAAAAGCAUCUAAAUUAUUAGGCAACAUAGAAAGCGUGUCAACCUGACAGUUAAACUCAUGCUUCUACUACCAAUCAUUUACCAUAUUGACAAAGUGAGCUUAUCGACAGUUUCUGUUUCAACUAAAUUUGACAUAAAAUAUUUUUUUAAAUUGAAAACUGAUUACAAAUGUAACGGAAGCUUUUGAUGUGCAUUUUCUCGCCCGUUGUCACGUAUACUUGCUCUCACCAUAUAUUGCCUAUACCUUACCAUAAAUUGCGAUAUCUGCUAUCC